AUGAAGCGAACAGCAGGAUGCUUGGUUUUGGUUUUUCUCCAGUUUGUAAUGACCAGUGCAGCCACCAUCAACAACAGUCUCGUGACCUGGUGCGCCGUGUCCGACGCGGAGGAGCAGAAGUGUUGGGACCUGGCCAGCAACAUCACAGUGAGAAACAUCCGUGGAAAACUGCAGUGUGUUCGGGGUCAGAGUCCUACAGACUGCAUGCAGAGAAUCAAGAACGGCACGGCCGAUGCUGCCUCCAUGUUCCCCGACGAGAUCUAUACUGCAGGGAUUUGUUACGGGUUGGACGUCGCCGUCGGAGAAUCACUCAACGGAAUCGAUGGCAUCCAUUAUUAUGUGGUGGCGUUGGCACGGAGGUCCUCGGGUGAUCUCUCACUGCUGGAGAUGCAUGAGCGCAGUUCGUGCCACCCGGGUAUGCGCACCACCGUGGGCUGGACGGUGCCCAUCGGCUUCCUUGUCAACACGUCCCAGAUCAGCGUGGACGAGCAGUGCAACUUCCCACACGCCGUGGGGGAUUUCUUCGGCUACAGCUGCGUCCCCGGUGCAAAAGACCCAGAACACGAUCCCCGAGGAAACAAUCCCAGAAACCUUUGCGAGGCCUGCAUAGGUGACGAAAACGACCGGCACAUCUGCGCCAGCAACCCUCGGGAGCGGCACUACGGGGAAGCGGGAGCCCUCAGGUGUGUAGCAGAGAACCUCGGCGACGUGGCCUUUGUGAAACACACCACCGUCUUUGACAAUGUGAAUGGUAAGAACCAGGAAUCGUGGGCUCUGGACAUCGAGCUCGAGGAUCUGAAGCUGCUUUGCCCAGACGGAAGCGAGGCCUCUCCAUCUGAGCAUGAACGUUGCCACCUGGCCGUGGUGCCCGCCAACGCUGUGGUGGUGCGCCUGGAGGAUAAAUGUCGUGUUUACAAGUUUCUGGAACGUGUUCAGAUCGCGUUUGCCAACGCCACGCAGGGUUUCUCGCUCUUCAGCUCGGCGGGGUACGGCCAGCCUGACGUCAUGUUCAGUGACUCCACUCAGAAGCUGCUGAGGGUGAUGGGAACCUACCAGUCUUGGCUGGGACCCAGUUACACCACAAUGCUUCAGGCUUUCGAGUGUGAAGGUUUGUGCUGAUGGACCAUUGAGACCCUGUUUUUCCCCUUUUGCUUCUUCUUCACCUCUUAAAUUCCUCCAGUUGAUCCACGACGACCCUGUUGACUAGUAAACUCGUUCUUAAGUCCAUGUUUUGUUGUCUUCUCCAUCUAUGACUAACGUAGCGGAUGCUUUACCUUUCCCAACACAUGCUAUUCAAUCUGUGAUAACAGAAGGUGGACUGAAGCUGGCGGUGGGUCUCCGAGGCCCCUGAUUCUUUAAAGGGAUUCAUUAUU